UGGUAUCAUCUUUCAGUCUUUCAUCUCCUCCAUCCACCACCGCUUCUCUCCCUUUCCCUAAAUUUUCAAUCUUUACCCUUUUCUUCAUCACCCCCCAAAGCCAGCCAAGAAAAUUGUAUAAAAAGGGCAAAAAAAACCCUAAAAAGGGAUGAUAGUUGCUUCCUACCAUCCAAAAUCUUUGCUUCAAUCCAACUCUACAUAGACACCAAAUCUUGAUUAACAUAAUGACUGAAGUACUCCAAUCAUCCCCAUCUCACUUCCCUUCAUUUUCAAGCUCCGCCUCAACUCCACAUGUCUAUACAAACUCUAAUGUAAGCACCGUGGAGAAUAUAAUAGCCCGAGAGAGUGAUCAAGAAGAAGAGAAUAGGGAAGAGGGAGAGAGGAAAGAAAGGGACAGACAAGGGGAAGGAGAUCAGCUGUCUUUAUUAACGCUUUUGGUGGCUGCUUUUAGGAAGUCGUUGAUUGGGUGUAGCCUUUCUGGAAAUAAAGAGCUCUGUUCAAUGGAAAUCGGGUUGCCUACCAAUGUCAGACAUGUUGCUCAUGUGACUUUUGAUAGGUUCCAUGGAUUUCUUGGUUUGCCGGUUGAAUUUGAGCCCGAGGUCCCCAAAAGAGCACCGAGUGCCAGCGCGAGCGUGUUCGGUGUUUCGACUGAAUCUAUGCAGCUCUCGCUGGACUCUAGAGGGAAUAGUGUACCGACGAUACUAAUACUGCUGCAAAGUCAUUUAUAUGCCCGAGGAGGCCUCCAGGCUGAAGGAAUUUUCAGAAUUAAUGCUGAGAACAAUCACGAGGAGUAUGUCAGGGAACAACUAAAUAGGGGAGUUAUACCAGAGAGUAUAGAUGUACAUUGCUUGGCUGGUCUUAUAAAGGCUUGGUUUAGGGAACUUCCUAGUGGUGUUUUGGAUUCUCUUCCUCCGGAAGAGGUAAUGCAAGCCGAGUCGGAAGAAGAGUGUGCUCGGCUUGUAAGGCUCCUUCCUCCAACCGAAGCUGCUCUACUGGAUUGGGCAAUAAAUUUAAUGGCUGAUGUUGUGCAAGUGGAACAGUUGAACAAGAUGAAUGCACGUAAUGUUGCGAUGGUGUUUGCUCCAAACAUGACUCAAAUGUCGGAUCCUUUAACUGCAUUGAUGUAUGCAGUCCAGGUGAUGAAUCUUCUGAAGACACUUAUUAUUAGAACACUUAAAGAAAGAGAAGAUUCUAUGGUUGACUCUAAUCCCGAUUCUCGCUUGGAGCCUUCUGAUAAGAAUGGACAGCAAAGCUCUUUGCAAUUACUUGAAGAUGCCAAUGAGGAGGUUAAAAAUGAAAGCAAAGGAGAGAAAGCUUUUGUUGCUGAAGAACCUGCCGUAGAGAGCCCCCCUCACUCUGCUAAAGAGAAUUUGACAACCGAAACUAGCUCUCAAGGUUUCCUAACUUCAAUCGAGAACAUUUGUGCUGGAAACCGAUCCCUCCUUGAUAACUGUCCCUGCACUUUAGUGUCUCAAGUGAAUUCUUUAGCAAACGAACUCGAAAAAGGCGGUCUCCAAAGUACAUCCGGAAAGAGCAGAACUGAUCAAUCAAGUGCUUCGAGUCUAAAGAAGGGAACAAAGAAGGCAAUUGAACAAUCGAUUAGUAAUGCAGCAGGAGCUGUCCAGAAGAAUAAGGGAACAAGAAUAGCCGGGCUGAUAAAUGCGAGAGCUGAGCUUUUCGAAGCAUGGAGGUGAAUGGCCUUUGAAUGCUAACAUUGUGUAGUCAGACGGGAUGGGAAAUGCCAACUGGUAGAAGUUGGUAGUAUGUUGUGUUUUGGUUUCUUUCAUUUGGAAAUAUUGUGCAUGAAUUGAUGUUCGUCUUGUAUGUGAUUUUGAGUGUAGAUUCUUUUACCUUGAUGCUUGACACUGACUUAACAUUUCCUCA